AAUGAGUGGAAGAAUGUAGAAGCAUUCAUUCGAAUUUAAAUCAACUAAAUAGUUGUGUGCCAGCCUCCAAGAUGAAAUAUUCUAUAGCAUGCAGUGCUGUGCUCUUGAUCUCUAUCAUUUGUAUUAGUUCAAGGCUGACAAACAAUCCGAAACCAAAUAUAAUUUGUAUUAUUGCCGACGAUGUGGGAUGGAAUGAUGUGAGUUAUCAUGGUUCUGAUCAAAUAUCAACGCCUAAUAUUGAUUCGCUGGGUUAUCAUGGAUUACUAUUGAAGAGAUUUUACACUCAACAAGUGUGCACUCCUUCGAGAGCAGCAUUCCUCACAGGUCAGUAUCCCAUUCGACUUGGAUUUCAAGGAUACCCGUUGGCUCUUGGUGUGCCGAAACAUAUACCAAAAGAUGUGAAUACUUUACCAAUUAGUUUGAAAAAAUUGGGGUACAGCACACAUUUAAUCGGAAAAUGGCACCUGGGAUACGCCAAGAAGGAACAUACUCCACUUGGAUAUGGUUAUGACACACAUUUUGGUUACUGGAAUGGAUUUAUGGGAUAUUUUAAUCAUACAAUUGGUGCUAAAUAUACUGGCUAUGAUCUUCAUGAUAACUACCAGCCCAUCACAAAUAAGAAUGGCCAGUAUGCAACCGAUUUAUUUACUGAGCGGGCAUUAGAUAUAAUUAAGAAUCAUCCAAGGCAAGAUUCCUUACACUUGGUUAUUAGUCAUUUGGCGGGUCAUACAGGGAAGACAUUAAAAACUGAUCAUGAAUCAGAAUUAGAAGUUGCUAAUGUUACUGCCACCAACGAGAAAUACUCAUUCAUAAAAGACACAAAUCGACGAAAACUAGCAGAAAUUAUAGAAAAUAUGGAUAAAUCAGUUGGGGAUGUGGUUGAAGCGCUUGCAAAACGAAAUAUGUUGGAGAAUAGUAUAAUUGUUUUCUUUUCUGACAACGGUGCACCAACCUAUGGAAUGCAUGCCAAUUCAGGCUCAAAUUAUCCUCUGAGAGGCAUUAAGAUGACCAUGUACGAUGGAGGCGUAAGAACACCUUCAGUUAUUUAUUCGCCAUUACUUCAACGCACUGGCGAUGUUUUUAAUGGAUUAUUUCAUGUUUCUGAUUGGGUUCCAACGUUAUUUCGAGCUGCAGGUGGAAAUAUCAAAGACUUUGGUCCUACGGAUGGAAUUGAUCAAUGGGAAAAUUUAGUCAACAAUCAAAUGCUAAAUGAAAGAACCGAAUUAUUAGUUGACAUUGAUCCAAAAUUUAAUUACAGCGCUUACAUAGGUUACAAUGGCAGAUAUAAAUUAAUUAACCAUUCAUAUUUUUCGUACAAUUAUACUGGUGAUAAAGGAUUUACAAAUCCAACAAUACAUUAUCAGCGUAUAAAAACGAGCAAGACAAAUAUUUACAUUGAGAAAAUUACAAACGAUCGACUGACAUUGAAGCAAACAAUAUCAUUGCGAAACAAAGUGCAUUUGAAUUGUGCACCAAGUGCUCAUGAACAAGAACGAGAUGAAAUCCGACCGUGUGAUGGCGUGUGUUUAUUUGACUUGAAAGAGGAUCCAUGCGAAUAUAGAAACGUGGCCGCAGAACAUCCAGAAAUAGUUGAAUACUUGUCAUUUAAACUCAAUCAUUUAAUGCGAGAAGCCAAGCCUAAGCCACCAAUUGGUUUCGAUGUAAGAUCCGAUCCCAAAUUGUGCAAUAACACAUGGUUUAACUGGUUGGACCAUGAUGGUUGUUGGUACAAUCAUUUAUCAAAUAGCUUUGAUAAUAAUUCAUUAUAAUUCGUUAAAAUUUUUGUGAUAGGUAGUCUAAAAUUGACGUCAUUUUGGUUUCGUUUAUGCUGUUUCGAUGCAUUCUCUCUUCUUCAUCUGUUUUUCCUACUUCUGAAAGCUUUUCUCUAUCACGAAUCAUUUCGAUUGCACAUUCUCGCUUUAUUUUUCGAAUUGCUACGUUUCGAACGGGUGCUGUUGAUUGCGCGCCCUUUUUAAUCUGCGAUAUGUCUUCUGUUGUUUCCAUUACUGUAUAAGAAUCAAUCAUGAUGCGUGGUAUUACAACUAUUGUUGGCUUUACAUAUAUUGCAUUUGUAUUCUGUGGUAAGACUUGCAGUUGGUGGACCAAUCUACAAUUAAAUUAAAUUUUCAAAAUAUAAAAUAAUAUCACAUGGAAUAAUUGCAUUACCUGGGAAUACAACAUGGCGCCAUAUAUUGCUUUUUGGUAUUAUAGUCGACUACCAUUCCAUCGAUUAUAAUGAUGUCAUCAAUAUAGUUUGAUACUUGAAGAACUUGAUAGUGUGAAAUGUUUGGUAUAAAAGCACGAUUCAUUACCGAAUGCAAAUACGUAAUAGAAAUAUUGUGAUAAUGUGCUUUUUCCAUUAAUAUACGCCACGUGAUUGUACUUGUCACGUGUUUCCACAUUCGGCAGAUAAGUCUAUAAAUGAAUUGUUAGAAACAACUACAAAAUACUACCCAAUUGUUCAUUUACCCAAAAAUAGGAUCUGUAUUAAAGUCAGACGCUUCAAGAAGAACGUUUUUUGUAAUAACUAAUCCACUCGUACUGCGUACCGCUUCAAUCCGGCAAUCGUAAGGACGUCCCGUCAAAAACGAUAAUUCACCAAUUGUAUUCCCCAUGAAUAAAUACUCUUCUUCGGGUUCUUUAAAGUUAGUGCUUGCUAGUCUUUCCUUGAUUGGCAACAUUCCAAAUCUCUCUAAAUUAAAUAGCAUGUCUUCAUCUGGUUCGUAAGUCAUUUUUAGAAGACCUAAACAUAUUUACAGAUUACAGUUAAAUUGGAUUAAAUUGGCCUUGCCUAAUUUAAGACAGCUCUGUCUAGCCAUCACUUAAUUUUUUAUGGAAUUUAUAAAUUUAUGGAGUUUCUGAGUUUCCACAUAGAUAAAUAUUGCAAUUAUAUAGUUUUAAGCAAACUUACCUUGCGUUAUAACAACAAUACCAUCAAUAAAAUCACCUUUUUCGCAAA